UAUGAUCUAAUCAAAACGUAACGCUUUAUAUCAUAUGCGCUUGUUCCCUAGCUUUGGUAUAGGUAGGUAGUAACAAUGGCGGAAAAAGAAGAGGAUGAUUAUAUGGGAGACCUUUCUCACUUUCUUCCUCCACAACCCGCUCCUUCUUCUUCUCUUCUUCCCCCCAAACCCUCCUCUAAAACGGCAUCAAAUAAGCCUGUAGUUCCGAACAAGAAACGUAAGGUGUUAAACUGGCAAGAAAGGAAAAAACUCAAGAGAGAGCAGAAGCAAAUUGAAGAGGACCAAAAAACUCUGGUCAAUUUAGAGUCAGCAAUCCCUGAGAGCAAUAUUGGAUUCAAAAUGUUGAAACAAAUGGGUUAUACGCCGGGAUCAGCAUUAGGCAAGGAAGGCUCUGGUAGGUCUGAACCUGUGGGACUGGAAAUUCGAAGGGGCCGUGCUGGGAUUGGGAAAGAAGAUGAUAAUGUAGAGAAGAUGAGGAGGGAAAUGGAGAAGGCUAACAGGGAUAGAAAGAGAGAAGAAGAGCUAAUGGAAACUUUUGGAUCUCACCUAAAGGAGCGAUGGAAGGAGAAGAGGAUUGUCAGCAAUUUUCACAAGGCUGAGGCAGUACUGACUCAGUUAGAGAAUAGGGAGGUUGUAACGGAGAAAAAGGAAGAAGAGGAUGUAGAGAAGGAUGAGGAAGAGGAAGAACCAAUCACCGAAGAGGAUUUGAUUAAUACAUUGAUAAAGCUGAGAGAUGGGUAUCAUUACUGUCUUUUCUGUGGAUGUCAGUAUGAGUCAACCAAGGCACUGCUGUCUAACUGCCCUGGGAUAACCGAGGAGGACCACUAGAUGAGCUAAUACCUUGAAAAGGAUUUAGAUCCCUCCUACAACAGAUGGAUUAUUCCAGGGCUGAUAGGAGCAGAAAUUCAUCGUGUAUCUUGGCAGCAAAACAGGAGCUUAGAAUUACAAGUCCGUUCAGGUGAAUGUGGCUUCUCAAUAGAUUGUUGAAACCAGAAUCCAGUGAUAAGAUUAUAUUGGUGCAUCUCCUAUAGCUUCGAAUGGCAUUUCUUGAGCCAGAAGCCUUGAUAAUGCACAAGGGAUGGUGGCUGGAUAUCAAAAUUGGUGAUUCUUGUACUGUAGCUGUUGAUUGAAGUUGUAGCUAUUCUUAAAUAUGUUUGAUAGCGUUUGUAAGUUUAGCAUUGUCAUAUUCGAUUGCUCCACAAGGAGUGCACACCAUGAACACUAUCUUGUCUAUUCCUCAGCUGGGGUGAUCCUGGGCUUAUUCCAGGAGGGGGGAUAUUUAAAAAAUAUCUGUUUUUUGGGUCAGAA